AUGGAACUAAAUUCAUUACGAACUGAUCAAAAAAUUAAAAAGGAAGAAUUUGAAAAAACAAAUAAACAGUUACAGCAACUGGUAUCAGACAAUUAUAGUACUUUAUUAGGAACUUCAGAAAGUGUUAUUCAAUUAUCAAAAAUUUCACAUUUUCUUUCUGACCAAUUGAAUAUUGUAAGUAUAGCAAUGGGUAAAUUAAAACCUAUUGAAGAACAAAAGAAAGUUGAAGUUCCUAAAACAUUGAAAGAACAGUUUUUAGAAUUUUUAAUGGUACAUGAAACAGUUUCAGACUAUUUACAAAAUGAAGAAUAUUUAAGAGCCUCAAUAACUUUUAAUGAGAUUAUGAAAACAAAAGAUAUAUUAAUGACAAAUAAAAGAUAUAAUUCAUAUCUCAGUAAAAGAAUGAGAGUUAUAUUAUCAACAGAAAAAGAUAUUAUUGAAACAAUUAAAACAUUAUUUGGAAGUUCAUUAAUUGAAAAAGAAGAAGAUAAAGUGAUUGAAGCUUUUGUUGUUUAUGUCAAACAUACUAACCAACGAUUAAGUGAUGUACUUCAAGAUUUAUUAUUACAAAGAAGAGUUUCUAUCAUAUCAAUGUUACAAGAUAAAACAAGGAAUUGUUUACCAGAUAUUUAUAAUUAUAUUUUAGAUACAUACCUAUUUGUAAGGAAAUAUUUUACUUUAGACAAUGAAGGAAAAAUGCAAUUGUUAUAUAACAGUACUUAUAAAGAAACAAAUGAUUAUUUCCUUAAUUUUAAAGAUAAUAUAGAAGAUAGUUUAUUACAAUGGAAAAGAUUAGUUCAACAGGAAAUCGGUGAUGGAAUUAUUUCUCAAUUUAAUUCAUUAGAAAAUAUUGAGUCAGUAAAAAAAAUUGCAAUUCAAUUAGUUAAUUUAAAAAAAGAACGAAAAGAAGAAGACUUAAUUUAUGAUUCAAUUUUCUUUAUUCCAUUAAAUAGAAGAAUUAAUGUUGUUGUAAAAGAAUUAUGGAAAAGAGAAUUUGGAGUGUUUCAAAGUAGACAUACAUUACCACCAAAUGCAUUAAAAACUAAAGUCAAUUUAAAUACAUUAUUUUUUGAACCAGGAAUUAUUAAAACUCAAAAAGAAUUGUCUAACGCAUUUGUUGAUUGUAAAGCAGUAGAAAUAUUUGUCCAAUCAUUUGAAUGUUGCUUUGAACAAAUUCAAAAGGAAUUGGAUGAAAUAUAUAAUGAAGAUGGUACUAAUAAAAAUCCAGAAAUCUUUAUACUAGAAAAAAAAAGAGAAGAAGUGUUUGGUGAAGGAUUUAUAUCAUGGAGUGAAAAUUUAAAUGAAGAAUUAUAUCAAAUGAAUAAUGAAAUGGAAAAAAAUAAAACGAACCCUUCAAUAUUUAAAGAACUUUUACUUGAAUUUCUUAGCUAUUGUUGUUUUAUUCACCAAUGUUGUUCAAAAGUUUUGAGAGAAUCAAAACCAUUACAAGGAAACACUUAUCAUUCAUUAAUCAUUAUUAAAGAAACAUUAACAGGAUUAUCUUAUAAAUCAGGACAAUAUUUCUUUGAUACUAUUUUAAUGAAUUUAAGAGUUCCUUUCCUUAAAGAUGCAUCAAUGGAGUCAUUUGGUUUUGGUAUUGUUAAAAAUAUAGUCUGGAAAAAAGUUGAUUAUAAUCAAGGAUACUACUUAACAGUUAGUAAUCCAUCAUAUAUUACUGAAAGGUUCUAUUCAAGAAUGCAUUUAGUUUUGUCAUGUUUAGGAACUGUUUCUUCUCCAUUAAUUCUAUAUGUUCAUUCUCAUAUUACUGUUGUUUUAUUAAAGAGAUUUGAAGAUUAUUUAAGGUCAUAUGGAAAUGAUUUUGCACCUCAAUUUGUUUGUGAUUUAAUGAUAAUGAGAUAUUCAUUAUUAAAAACAAAUGAAAUACUUUGUAAAGAAUUGAAUGAUACCUGUCUUUCAUUAUCAUUAAUAGAAAAAUCAACGACAUACUUAAAUAAUACUCUUAAUAAGAUUAAUGAAGAAAUAGAAUAUUUAAAGAAAUAUUUUGAUGACAUUGAUUUCUGUUUGUAUUUCAAUGACUCAAAAGAAAUUGCUACCGAAUAUUAUACAACAAAAAGCUCAUUAUUUCCUACUCUCUUUCCAAGUCAACUUAAAGAACAUUAA